UCUCUCUCUCUCUCUCUCUCUCUGUAUCUAAUAUAUCUCUACAUACACACACGAUUCGUCUUCCCCAAAUUUUCAAAUCCCUAAUUCUCUUCACAACAUUUUCAUCAAAUUACACAUCUUUAACUCCACAAUUUCACAUCUCCAAUCCCUUAUCCACUUCACCGUUGUUGAUUUAUUCUUCGUCUUGCUUCAAAACCCUAGUUUAUACACUGUCACACAAACCCUAGCUUUCCGUUAUCGAACUCCUCACAACUCUGUUCUGCAUGUUUCGAACUUGAUUUAGGGUUUUUUCGUCAAUCUCCUGCUCGAUUUCAAAGUGCUUCAAUGUGUGAGACAGUAUGCGGGUCAUAGUUUGGAGCAAUGCAAAGGUAUCAUGCUACCAACUGCACUAGUGCAGUCAAUAACAGUGCAGUUGGUGGCUCAUUAGGCAGAGAUACGUCUCGAGCUGAGUCAUCUGCACUUCCCGCUAACUUUCAAUCAAAUAGACGCCCUUCACAACUCGCACCAUACAAAUUGAGGUGUGAGAAAGAUCCCCUGAAUUCAAGGCUUCCACCACCCGACUUUCACCCGCCAACUACAAAUUGCCCGGAGGAGACACUUACAAAGGACUAUGUGCUUGCUGGAUACAGAGAGACAGUUGAAGGACUUGAGGAGUCCAGAGAGAUAUCUUUAUCACAGAUUUCAACUUUCACCAAGCCCGUUAUUCUAAAGUGCAAAGAGGCAAUCAGAAAAUAUCACAGAGCAAUCAAUGAAUCUCGUGCUCAAAAACGCAAGGCUGGUCAAGUUUAUGGAGUCCCUCUUACCGGUAAUUUGUUGAGUAAGCCCGGCGUAUUCCCAGAACAGAAAGCCAGUGGUGAAGAUUUUCGGAAGAAAUGGAUUGAGGGUUUGUCGCAACAACAUAAACGUUUGCGGUCAUUGGCAGAUCAUGUUCCGCAUGGAUAUAGAAAGAAAGCGCUUUUCGAAGUUCUUAUCAGAAACAAUGUACCACUACUAAGAGCAACUUGGUUCAUCAAAGUGACAUAUCUUAAUCAGGUUCGACCUGGUUCUUCUAGUACAUCGUCAGGUUCACCAGAUAGAACUCGGUUUUCCCGCUCAGAACAGUGGACAAAAGAUGUUAUCGAGUAUUUACAGCAUCUUUUGGAUGAAUUUGUUCAAAAAAGUAAUUCCCAUUCUACCCUUCAUAUUAAGGAUCGAUCACCCCAGUUUGCUUAUGGUGGGUCCAUCCAGCACAAGAAUGACUUGGUGUCAGCGGUUGAUAGUGACGAACCGUCUUUACAUUUUAAGUGGUGGUAUGUCGUUCGAAUCAUACAGUGGCACUAUGCCGAAGGGUUGCUUCUCCCUUCUUUAAUCAUCGAUUGGGUUCUGAAUCAACUGCAGGAGAAGGAAUUACUUGUGAUAUUGCAAUUGCUAUUGCCGAUCAUAUAUGUUGUUAUAGAAUCUAUGGUUUUAUCGCAAAAUUACGUUCAUAUCCUAGUGGGAAUAGCUGUUCGGUUUAUCCAAGAACCGUCACCGGGUGGUUCAGAUCUUGUGGAUAACUCUAGGAGGGCAUACACUAUCACUGCUUUGGUCGAAAUUCUUCGAUACUUACUACUUGCGGUUCCCGAUACUUUUGUUGCGCAAAAUUGCUUCCCACUCCCUUCAUGUGUGGUUUUAAACGCACCAAAUGACGGUAGUUUGAUUACACGGGUAACUGGGGAGCAGCAGUUAUCGAUUAAUUCGGUUGUUUAUUCCAUUCGGAAACGUGCAACCAAUCUUUCAAAAGUUGCAAAACCGGACUAUUCGGGUCAUAACGUGGCCAAAGUUGUGCAUGAGUUAGAUAAAGCUCUUAUACAUGGAGAUAUUACUAUUGCUUACAAGUGCAUGUUUGAGGAUUUUUGUGAUGAAACUUUUGAUAAAAGAUGGAUAGCUGACGUCAGCACGUGUUUACGGUCAUCUCUAAAGUGGAUCGGUACAGUAGGGUCGUCAUUCAUGUGUUCUGUGUUUUUUAUUUGCGAGUGGGCCACUUGUGAUUUUCGGGAUUUUCGAGUGGGUCCGCCUCGUGGUAUUAAAUUCAGCGGAAAACGAGACUUUUCUCAGGUAUAUGUUGCUACUCGGCUCCUAGAGAUGAAAACAAGAAACAUGCGAAGUUCAAGCAGGCCAAAAGCUGGCGUUAGAAAAGUCAAAGACCUGUCACAGUUCUUCCAAAGUCCAGGACCGUUACAUGAUAUUAUCGUGUGCUGGAUUGAUCAACACCAAGCCCAAAGCGGAGAAGGUUUUAAACGUGUUCAGUUGCUCAUAAACGAACUCAUUCGAUCGGGAAUUUUCUAUCCUCAAGCAUAUGUGAGGGAACUUAUUGUUAGUGGAAUCAUGGGUAUGGUUGACUUUGACCGAAAGAGGAGACACUUUAAACUCUUAAAACAUCUUCCUGGUUUAUACAUUCAAGAUGCACUCCAAGAAGCACAAAUUGCUGAAACGUCUCUUAUAACCGAAGCCAUGCAUAUUUACUCAAAUGAACGACGUCUGUUGCUUCAUGAACUUGUUGACCAUCCGAAAAAUAAUAUCGUUUCAAAUAAGCCGAAAAAUCAUCAAAAGUUUGUAAAAGAUCAGUGGCCAGUUCCAUCACCAUCAAAUGCCAAUAGAAAGAUUGAAGAAGUAAUGAAUUCUAUUGCUGUUCUUCUCCAUUUUUCAAAUUCCCAGUCUACUAUCGGGAACGGUUCUGAAGAGUCUCGGGAUGUUAAACGGACCACUGGGCCAAUGGUUAUCAGUGAAAUGACACCUGGAUGUGAAGAAUGUAGACGAGCUAAGAGACAAAAAGUGGAAGAAAAGAGUCCAUAUCCAUAUCUCUCUGACGACGAAGACAUUUGGUGGCUUAAAAAGGGUCAAACUCUUAAGUCGAUGGAGUCUUUUAGAGCAAUCGAGCCACCGGUCAAACCAGUUAAACAAGCCACAAGAGGCAGACAAAAAACGGUCCGUAAAACUUCAAGUCUGGCUCAGUUAGCCGCUGCCAGAAUUGAGGGUAGCCAGGGUGCAUCCACUAGUCACGUAUGUGAUAGUCGAGUAAAUUGUCCGCACCACCGAAAUGGUAUCAGUAACAACGACAGCGAUGUUCCAAAGACAACCGAUUCAGUCACAACCGUUCAUUUAGGAGAUGCUUCUUCCAUAGGGAAUGUUCUGAAACGGGUACCGUUAGAUGAGAAACGGGUCGUCGUGGUGUGGUUGAUGGGUACGGUAAGGCAGCUUGUUGACGAGGCUGGUAAGAUCACCGAGACUGCACCGAAAGUUGGGCAUUUCGGUAGGAAUUCGUCUCCUGUUGAUGAUAAAGGGUCGGCAAAAUGGAAGCUUGGUGAAGAUGAAUUAUCCACCAUUUUGUACUUGAUGGAUGUUUGUGAUGAUUUAGUUUCUGCAGCACGGUUUCUUGUUUGGUUGUUGCCUAAAAUUCCUAUAAACCCGAUUCCAACGGUUCAUGGUGGAAGAAAUGUUAUGAUUGUACCGAGAAACGUUGAAAACCAACUAUGUUCUGUUGGCGAGACGUUUGUUUUGUCAUCUCUCAGAAGGUAUGAGAACAUACUUGCUGCAGCUAAUCUUAUUCCCGAAACAUUAUCCUCAAUGAUGAAUCGUGCUUCGGUGGUUAUGGCAUCCAAUGGACGGGUUUCUGGUUCAGCAGCGUUAGUCUUUGCGCGCCAGAUGUUAAAAAAAUACGGCCACGUGGCAACUGUCGGUGACUGGAUAAAAAAUUUCAAGACCACGGCUGAUAAAAGACUUGUUAUGGAACUCGAAUCCGGAAGAUCAUCCGAUGGAGAAUUCGGUCUUCCACUUGGCGUACCUGCAGGAGUUCAAGAUUUCGAUGAGUUUUUACUUAAAAAAAUAAGCGGUGUUCGUAUUUCACGAGUUGGGUUAAGCAUGCGGGAUAUAGUCCAAAGACUUGUAGAUGAAGCAAUUUCUGCGUUUUACGGUCAAGAAAAGAAGUCUUUUACAGGUGGCCCGAUGAAAAAGCCGACUGUUCAAAAACCCGAUGACGGGUACUUAACAGCCCAACAGGUUGUGAAAGGGCUAAUGGAUUGCAUGAGACAAACGGGCGGUGCAGCCCAAGAAGGCGACCCAACGUUGGUAGCGUUUGCUGUUUCCGCGAUUGUUAGUAAUGUGGGGCAGGUGAUUGCUAAAAUUACCGAGAUAACCCCGGUUUCAUUAACCUUCUCAAGACACAUUAUACGGGUCCAUCUCACAUGUCUGUCGCUACUAAAAGACGCACUCGGAGAACGUCAAAGUCGAGUUUUCGAAAUCGCUCUUGCAACAGAAGCUUCUUCUGCCCUAAGCCAAGUCUUCUCCCCUCCGAAAGCUUCACGAGGUCAGUUACAACUUUCUCCCGAGACCCGUGAUCCAAUGUCGAAUGAGAACCCGACGUUUUCUAAAGCUGCUAAAACAACAGGUGCGAUUUCCGCACUUGUUAUUGAAGCUGUUCUUCAGGGUAUUACGAGCCUUGAAAGAAUGGUAACGGUUUUAAGACUGAAAGACGGGAUAAAUGUGAUUCAGUUUUUAAAGAGCACACGGUCUAAUUCAAACGGGAAUGUACGGUCUAUAGGCGAUUUAAAAGCCGAAAAUCUGGUUGAGGUUUCUGUUCAUUGGUUUAGGGUUCUUGUGGGGAACUGCAGGACUGUUUCCGACGGGUUUAUAGUCGAUCUUUUGGGUGAAUCUUCUAUUGUAGCGUUAUCAAGAAUCCAAAGAGUGCUUCCUAUUAACCUCGUAUUUCCACCUGCUUUUGCUAUUUUCGGAUUUUUGGUAUGGAAACGGUUCAUUUUCAAUGCGAAUAUCAUGGCCCGUGACAACAUUUCUCAGUUAUUUCAUUCUUUACGAUCGGCUAUCAGUGAUGCUAUAAAGCAUUUGCCUUUUCGUGAUGUAUGCCUGAGAGAAUGUGCUACGUUAUACGAUCUUGUAGCUGCGGACACUAGCGACUCCGAGUUUGCGGAGAUGUUGGACUUGAGCGGGCCCGAUAUGCAUUCGAAAAUUUCCGCUUUUGUCCCUCUACGGGCCCGAAUCUUUCUAAACUCCAUUAUCGAUUGUCAGUUACCGAACGAAAUUAUUUCUCAUGAUGAUGGGAAUCGGGCUGAUUUAAACGAAAUGAAGCUUCUUGAUCGGCUCGUUCAUAUUCUCGACACGUUGCAGCCAGCAAAAUUUCAUUGGCAAUGGGUCGAGCUCCGGCUGUUAUUAAACGAACAAGCCCUAAUUGGAAAAGUUGAAGCCCGUGAUACUUCGUUGGCAGAAGCGUUACGGUCGUUUUCACCGAACAAUGAAAAUGUCUCCGAUAAUGAAAAUAACUUCAUUCAGAUGGUGUUGACCCGAUUGCUGGUUAGACCCGACGCUGCUCCUCUUUUUUCAGAAGUGGUGCAUCUUCUCGGGAGGUCACUAGAAGACGAAGUACUUCAACAAGCGAAAUGGUUCCUAAGAGGUCACGACGUCUUGUUCGGUCGAAAAUCGAUCCGGCAACGGUUAAUUAAUAUCGCUGAGAGCAAAAGUUUGUCAACAAAGAUUCAAUUUUCGAAACCCUGGGGUUGGUGUAAUAAUAAUUUAUCUCCGAUGCCGGGGCCCGUUAAAAAAGGAAAUAAGAGGAAGUUCGAGUCGGUUUCUCUAGAAGAAGGGGAGGUAGUUGACGAUGGAAAUGGGACCGGGCCUGACACAAAACGACAUUCUUCUAGAACAUUUGGUCCAGUAUCAGACGUUGAAGCUUUUAUAGUUAGUCAACAGCAUGUGACUGAAAAAGCGUUAGUGGAGUUACUUCUUCCGUGCAUUGACCAAAGCUCGAACGACUCACGCUUUACUUUUGCUAGUGAUUUGAUCAAGCAGAUGAAUGAUAUCGAACAGCAGAUAAGUAACGUUACUCAUGGAGUUAAUAAACUGUUGCCCGUCGUUUCUGGUGGGAUUGAAGGACCGGUGACGAAAGUGAAUACCCGUAAGGGUUUAAGAGGAAGUAGUCCUGGAUUGGCCCGACGUCUUGCGGGACCCGUUGAAAUGAUGCUGCCGUCCCCGUCAGCGUUACGGGCUUCAAUAUCGUUGCGUUUACAGCUACUCUUAAGAUUACUUCCUGUAAUCUGUGCUGAUGGGGAGCCAUCUUUCCGUAGCCUGAGGCACAUGCUUGCCUCAGUGGUUCUUCGUCUUCUUGGAAGUAGGGUUGUUCAUGAGGAUGCAGAUCUUUAUAACCCAACUUCCGCUAGCGUUGAUCUAGGUGAAAGUCUCUAUGAUCGUCUGUUAUUGGUGCUGCAUGCACUCUUGAGCACCUCUCAGCCCUACUGGCUCAGGCCAAAGUCUAGUUCCAAGGCUACUUCUGAAGGUUCUAGAGACUCUAAUCCUUAUGAUCGUGAAGUUGCAGAAAAGUUACAGAAUGAGUUGGAUGGCAUGCAGUUACCGGAUGCAGUCAGAUGGCAGAUUCAAACCGUCAUGCCAUUCGUUUUCCACACCGCAAGAUUCUCAAUCUCAUGCCAACCACCUAACGUUCCCCUUUCCGCACUGGGCCUUCUUCAACCGAGUGUAUCAAUUCCUAUACCACAUCCCGGAAACCAUAGAAACAGCCAGGGCCCUUCAUCACGCGCAAUGUCAAACGGGCCAGGAAAGGCAAGCAAUAGCAAGCCCGUAUCCUCACAACCCGAUUCCGAUAUAGAGAUCGACCCAUGGACCCUUUUGGAAGACGGAGCAGGAUCCGGCCCGUCUUCCAUAAACGCAGCUGCAAUCGCAGGAACUGAUCAUGCUAAUCUCAAGGCGUCAAGCUGGCUCAAGGGUGCGGUUAGGGUUAGGAGGAUGGAUCUGACUUAUAUCGGUGCCAUAGAUGAUGACAGUUGAUUAUAACUUUCUAAAAGUCAAAACCAAGUCCAACCCUGGUUCCAGGUAAAAUCAUUAACAUGUAAAAUUACCGUUUUGGGGUCAGGGUCAGGGUCAGGGUCAGGGUCAGCCUCCUAACCAGCAAUGAACAGUUUUUACGGUCGAUCGUAUUCUUUUUGAGGGCUCCUGUUCCGGACCGUAUGGUUUGGAGAUUUGUUGUAUAUAUAGGGAUAUCCGAUAUCAUUUGACCGACCCAAACAACAAUAUGUGAAAAAGGGAAAAAAAUGAGAGAGAAUGAUCUGCAGUUGUCUGUUUUGUUGCUUCUUUUAGGACUCGUGAGCCGGAUAAUAUUUAUAUCAUGCUCUUUCUCACACACUUGUGUAUUAAUUAAUUAUUACUAUUGUUUGCUCAUGGAGUAUGAGGAAGAUAAUUCCUUUUUCGGUUUUUCCCUAAGGUAGAAGCUAUCUAGAGCAAUAAACUUAUAUUAUAGACUUGUAUCUCUCAUGUAGUGAAAGUUGUAACUCUGCUUUGGAUUUGACUA